CCAAGGGGGGGCUGAUUGGCUCCAAUGGUUGUAAGAGUCUUCAGGUGAUGGAGGAAACAUGUUUGACAUGGAAGUUGGCCCAUCUCACCCAUAAUUGCAAAAGAAACAAAAAGAAACCCAUCCCCUCUUUCCCUCUCUCACCCACUCGACCACCAUCAUCCAAGGAAGAGAAAACCUCCCAGAAAUAUACCUCCUCCAUAGCCAAACUCGUGCUGCAACUCAACAAGGAAGAAGAAGGAAGUUUGAGGAAGAAAAGGGGGUGGAAAAGUGUGUUGAUUGAGGUAAUGACCUUAUACAAAUUUUUCUUUGUUCAUUAACAACCAUAUGGCUUACAUGGCAUGUGAGGAACCCUUAUAGUAGCUCUAAAUUCUUAAGAAUGUAGAAGGAGGGGUUGAGAGGAAGUUCCAAGUCCAAGAACGGACAUAGGAGCCAUAAUAACCGGUUUACCGGAAAAUAACCUUUUAGAGGUUAUUUGUAUUGAUUAAGGUUUUAUGAUGUUAAAACCUUGUUAGGAACUUGAUUAAAGUGUUUUUGAGCCUCGCCGGAGUUUCGCCGGAGUUGGUCAAAGUUCGCCGGAGUUGGUCAAAGUUCACCGGAAAUUAGCCAAAGUUCAACCGGGGAGCGUAGAACGCGCAUGAGCUCACUUAAGUUUCAGGUCGGGAUUAAAGCUUGCUGUUACCGCCCGUUUGCUUCGGAGAAAUCAAAAGGAAGAAGACGUGGUUCUUGCUUCUUCUGUUUCUGUUUUGAAAACAAUUUAAAUAAUGCUCAUGGAUAUUCUUGUAAAUAUUUAUUUAGGGCUUGUAUGCCCAUGUUGCCAAAGUGUGGCAUGCACAUUUGUACUAAACAAUUCCGCUGUUUUAAAUGAUUAUUUUUACAUUAUGUUGUU